AUGACUGUGAGCGUGCACGUGCACAAGCGCUGUGGUGUGGGAAAUGACACUGAUGUCUGUUUGAUAAAUGUGGAUUUAUUUAGAACUUUCACACAGAUGUUGGACCCUGAAGCUACGAAGCGCUACUGUCAACUGGCUGACGAUGGACUCAAACCGCCCGAGCGAGGGAGCAAAGUUCAGGUCGGUCAGGAGGACAGAGAGAUCACCGUCCUGCCUCACAGGAAGACGGACGAGCUGGACGCUGGCGAGAUGAAGGUGACUUUGGCUGACUCGUGCUCCUACCGCUCACCGUAUGUCCGUCUCAAGGACUUCUGUCCUCGUCCACGGGGUCUGAUCAAUUUCCUCGUCACUGAAGCAUUUCUGUUUACGCUGCUCUUUGGGGUCGUCUGGUCCGUCACCGGGGUCCAGUGUUUGCCCGGCGGGAAUCUGUUCGGCCUCGUCGUCCUGUUCACCUGCGCCGUGCUCGGCGGGAGGCUGAUGGGGAUGAUCCAGCUGCCCACACUGCCGCCGUUCCCGCCUCUACUCGGGAUGCUGCUGGCAGGACUUCUGUUGCGUAAUGUUCCCUAUGUGACCGAUGCUGUCUUCAUCCACCCUGACUGGUCGUCGGCUCUCAGAAACAUUGCCUUAUCCAUCAUUCUGACCCGUGCUGGGCUGGGCCUGGACCCCACGUCACUGCAGCGUCUGAAGGCAGUUUGUUUGCGUCUUGCAAUCGGUCCCUGCGUGGUCGAGGCCUGCACAGUCGCUGUGGUGUCUCACUUCCUGUUACGUCUGCCCUGGGUGUGGGGCUUUAUACUGGGGUUUGUUCUGGCUGCGGUGUCUCCGGCGGUUGUGGUUCCGUCCAUGCUGCUUCUGCAGAAAGAAGGAUACGGGGUGGAAAAGGGGAUCCCCACCCUGCUGAUGGCUGCUGGGAGCUUUGAUGACAUUUUGGCCAUAACUGGAUUCUCCACCUGCCUGGGAAUUGCCUUUGCUUCAGGUUCUACAUGGAUGAAUAUCCUGAAGGGCCUGCUGGAGGUGGUGGGCGGGAUCAUAGUUGGAGUGGUCCUGGGUGUGUUCCUGUGGUGUUUCCCCAGUGAUGAUCAGGAGGAUGUGGUGCUCAGGAGGACCCUGAUGCUGUUGGGUAUGUCUAUCUUCUCGGUGUUCUUCAGUCAUGUUGUGGGUUAUGCUGGAGCUGGAGGUCUGUGUGUGCUGGUUCUGGCCUUUUUGGCAGGUGUGGGAUGGAAGUCAGAGAAGGUGCUGGUGGCAGCCAUGGUGGGUCAUUCAUGGGAUGUGUUCCAGCCUCUGCUGUUUGGUCUGAUAGGGGCACAGAUCACCAUCCAAAGUCUGAGUCCCAACACUGUGGGUCUGGGUGUGGCCUGUCUGCUUGUGGGUCUGCUGGUUCGGGUUAUUAUUACAUUUGCACUGGUGCACUUUGGUGGUUUCACUGUGAGGGAGAAGCUCUUCAUAGCUGUCGCCUGGCUGCCCAAAGCUACAGUGCAGGCUGCAAUAGGGUCUAAGGCUCUGGACAUGGCCAGAGAGGACAGGCAGGAGGAGCUGAUGAGGUUUGGUCUGGAUGUGCUGACCAUAGCUGUGCUGGCUAUCAUCAUCACAGCCCCUAUUGGUGCACUGGGGAUUGGUCUGGCAGGGCCACACCUCCUACAGCAGCAGAUUAAGGGUGCAGGCAAUGAACUGUGGGUCCAAGAAGACAUCCAGGCAAAUGAGACCACAUUUAUUGUCAAAAUAAAUGAUUAUGUCAAUGACAUGACAUCUUUUGUGCAUCAGUGCGGCCACACCGCUGAAGACCUGAUCCCUGUCCACAAGUCUCUCAAUAAACCUCCUGCCUUGACCCACUUCAGCUCCAUGCUAGAUGUCUCCACAGUCACCAACUCUCUGAUCUGUGAUGUCACAAACAACCUCCACAGGGCCAGCCUACAGGUUGGACCACCACCCUCUGUCCAAGCAGCCUGGAGCUCAGCCAGGACUCUGGUGCCACCAACUGAGACAAAACACAGAUAA